GCAGCAGCAGCAGCCGCAGCCGCAGCAACCAUCACCGUCAAGUGUGUAGGGGGUGGGGGGGGGGAGAGAAGUUGACAAUCGAGCCGACAGUAUGGGAGACGUUCCGCAAAGUACCAGACAGUGCUCCGACACAAGCCCGACAAACUUUUAGGUGAACAGUGAACUUUUCCCUGAGCCGCAUAUAACCUUCCAGCAGUGGGGAACGUUAAUGGAUAACCCUGGUAGUAGCGGAGAUUCGGCCGCGGAGAGCAGCGGGUCUGCCCGCAGAGAGGAGUCCAGCAGCGGGUUCGGAGCGCAGUCGGAGCUGCCGGUGUAUCUUACCUAUCUACCGGAGUCCUACUGCACCGCCAAGUUCAGCCUGGCGGCUUACCUUCUCUGCUGGGCUCUGCUCAGAUGGUACCAGAAACUCCGAUGCCAGUCUGCUCCUCUACAACCCCAGGAAGCCCUUGAACAUCCCUCCCACCUCUGUGAAGGAUUAGGCUUAGAGGAGGGGGAUUUGGGUGCUGACUCCCUGGAAUGGCGUGAGAGAGGCACCGGAGGGGGGGACACAUCUGAUGACUAUUUUGACUCCCGCUCUUGGCACCGGGACACCCUGUCAGAUUUUGGUCUGGACAGGGAGGACUCUCUGGAUGCCCUGCUGGGACUAGACGGCGCCUACCUUGGUCGGCGAACAACCGGCAGCACUUUCUGCACUGGGCAGAGAAAAGCCCGACGUAGAGAGUCAGUGACAGCCAAGGACGACCACAGAGACACCACAGAGACUUAUGUUGGACGAUUUGGAUGUAGCAGGAGGAGGAAAAGCCCAGAGAACCAUGUGGACCCUAAUAUUCCCUCAAAGCUCAGCACUAGAGACCUGCGCGUAGUUCAGAUUCGACCCCAUCCAAGUACAGAGGAACUAAAACGGGACUCGCGCCAAGAACAGUCCGGUUUACAGGACGUUUGCACAGAAACUCAAGUCAAGGGCAGCACGGAGCCAUACAGUUUACAUGUACAAAGCCAACACAACACAGACACCUUUGACAAGAAGGUAAAUUGUCCACCAGACACUCAGGAAGUGACGUUGCAUGCACAACCUGCAGAAAGCAACGCCAGCAGACUGAAUGAAUCUACAGACUCAGAAACAUGCGGUAUACAUGUAGAUACCACAGAGGAAAAAAAGCUACAACAGCGAAUCACAUGUGAACAUAACACAAGGUUACAGACAGGGAACACAGAUAGAGAAAAUGAAGAGAAGACAGACAGAGUAAGAAUAGAACUCUGUAAUGUUCAGGAUGUAGAAGCAAAGAAUGUUGAACAUCUCAGCACUUACUCUCUAGAGUUUAACCCAAGUUUAAAUAGAUGCAAUGGAGACCGUAAUGAAAGACAUCACAGACAGAGAGAAAAUUUAGAACACCAGGAUAUAAUCUAUGAAGACAAAGACAUACAGGCUCUAAAAGUGCACAAGGACAGAAGGGACUUGUGCAAGAGUGUUGGGACAUAUUGUAAUAGAUCACAUCACACAAUAGAGACUCAUUAUAAAGACGACCCACGCAUAGCUAAUACACAUUUUACUGAUCUGAUAAGUGCACAAACAGCUGACGCUACUCGUACACCAACGCCCUCUGAAUCUGAGACAAAACACACAGACUCUCAGUUAAUUACAGACAUUUUUGUAGCAGGUCCAAACAUCACAGAAGCACAUGGCGCAAAGACAAAUAGCAUACCACAUCACCCAAAGUCAGCUAAGCUCAGAGACACACUCGAUACGGUCAAUAUAUUGGCACACAAGGUGGAUAUUUGCUGUUCCCAAACUCUGUGUGAAGCGAGCUCCAACAAAGGACCGUCAGAGAUCCACCCUCAGGUUUGUACAAUUGAGACAAAGCCCCAGGAUAAGGCAGGGGUGUCGGGUGUCUGCUUCCAGACGGAGCAGUUUGGGUGUGUUGGUACUACAACAGAGGGGACCACACCACCUGGGAGAGUAAAUGAAAUAUGUUCCUCCAUCACGUUUUCCACAGAGACCGCAUCCUCUUUUCUAUUAGAUACCUGUUCCACUGUUCCGAAGGUUUCUACACUAGCCUCACCUGUCCCGUUGGCAGACUCGGACAGGGCGGAGCUCGCUGAGAGGCAACCAGAUCAAAAGCAGCCACAAAGCACAAGGUUACAAACAUGGCAAGUUCCAGGUCAAACCCAGGGUUUAAUCCCUAAUCACUUGGAUCAGGGGGGUGCUACCGUAGAAAUACUCAGUCAUAGGCAGUUCCAUUCUGUGGACAAGCUUUCAGAGAGGGCACAGUCAGGCUCUGUAGGACCAGGACCUGACUCAACUCAAAUCCAAUCUGACACUGGUAAGGAUUCUGGGAACCGUUUGCCUCAUCGCCAAUUCUCAAAUAAUCUGCUGCUUGUUUCUGUCAACCAAGGAGCAGAGGAUACCUCCCCUCUGUUAUCAGAGAACUUUGGAGGAGAGAGGAGGAGGGAAGGAUCACCCUGCUCUCUUCUCCGGAAAAAACAGGAACAGGAGGUGGAGGGCAGUCGUGUUUAUCAUCAACAGGAAGAAAUUGUGGAAGCAGUAAGCAAAGUCAAUGUCUUACAGUCACAACAUGGCACAACAAAGCUUUCUGAGCACAUAGAGCUGGGAGUAGUUCCAAAAGAAAUUGCCAGUGAUCCAGAUGCCUACUUUACUCAGCAUGUGCCUAGUAGGAUAGGAUUAACAUCCCACUCUCCUGCUGCUGCUGAGUCCAUUCAGGACAGUAGCAGAGAACACCCAGGCAUAGCUCAAAGGGCCAUUUCUCUGACAAACGUACAAUCUGCUGUCAGCGCAAUUCCUAGUAAUUGUAAGCAAGUUCAGCUGGUCCUAAAGAUCCCUGAGCCUCCAUGUAGCCUGAACGCCCCUUUUUCUCUGCUCUCAGACUCCAACAAUAACACCAAGGCCAGUAUAAACGGGGUGGGAAGAGGGGAGGGUUUAGGGUGUUUCUCACAGGAAGCCCGGAGCAACUACGAACGGAAUGAGAGUAUUGUUUGUCCUGUGUUUGAACCAUCAACAAAUGUGACCUCUGACCCCUUGGAAGAUGUAGACAAGCCCCAGGAAGAUUCCGAGUUGUUCCUGUCUUCACUGGACCAGGGAGCCAACUGCAGCAGUGAGGAAACUGAACAUGUGCUAGGGGAAAACAGCCAUUUAAGCCUUGCUCAUGCAGACGAGCUAGAAGAACUGAAGACAGAGAAAAUUAUUGAGGAUGAAACUGUCGUAAGUCUAAGGUUCAACUGCUCUGACCUAGAAAGAAACGAAUGCCUUCAAUCUUUAGUGUCACGUUCAGAGAGCAGAGGCCUAUUGAUGGACAGUGCAUUUAAAGCGAGAGAAGGUCACUAUUGUAGCCGACCAGAGGAUCACAGCUUACCUAACAGAAGAAGAGGCAACUUAUCCAAAUUAUGUGAGGAAUAUACACUGGCUGAAGAGUGUAGAGACCCCACGCAGGUCAGAUUGAUAGCUCCACAGCAGGAGGUGAGGGUAGUAAGGUACUCGCACCCUGAUGUUAGCCUCAACCUGCUUGCUGUCAGUAGUUUAGAGCCAAUUUUGGAGACUGAGCGUUCACUGGAAAAUUAUGGCACAACAGAGGAUGAUUUAAAAAUUGAAGCAAAGCUAGAAUAUGAGGUCAUGAGGCCUGUUGAGGACGUCGGGGGGGAUAUUGCUAACCUUUCAGGGGACAUCUCCAGCCCCAAGAGUCCACACCACCAGCCUGAACAGGAAGAAGAAUCUCUGACAACUGCUGAGUUAGAACCUGAGGUCAACCCAGCAACACCUGUUCUAUGUGGUAGUGACGAAAAGCACUCUAGACCUAUGACUGUUGCCUAUGAUGCUGUUUCUUACACCUCAGCUAGCAGCAACUGCGAUGAGUUGGACGAUCCUCACUUUGAUAGUUCUGCCAGAAAUGCCAAGCCUGACAAAAUGACCAAGAGAAGCAAAACAAAAGGCACCCAGACUGGAAAUAAAGGCUCUAAGUUUUCUGUCUUUGCUAAAAUGCCUUCUUUUAGGAAGGCUAAGGGCUCAAAGGGUUCCAAAAGUGAGGAGUGCCCCCAGGAAUCAUCAGAUGGGGCAGGUGAGGGCCUUCUGUCUGGGGAAGGGCCACAGAGGGACAACUCAGACGAUGAGGUUUUUGUCAAAGGUGACAUCCUGAACCAAACCGUUCACCAAGCGUUGUCCUCAUUGCAUUGCGAGGUAGAAGAAGAGGACUGUGGCUUUUACCCCUCGACUCCCGACACUUGCCAUGUCCAUCAGCUAGUCAGCCAAGGGAGUAGUGGGGAGGGUAACGGGGGACCCAGCCCAGACAACCCCCUACUCAGGCAAGUCCAGUCACCUAAUGGGCAGACCUACAAGAGGAGCAAGAGCAACGACAGUUUAAACAUCCGCAUGCGCUUUGCACAAGCACACAAGUCCAUUUCCAGCCUGUUUGAGUCCCGGUCAAUGGAUAAGGAGAAUGAGGAGCAGGCCACUGUGGGCAUUAAUGUGGAUUCUGCUGCAGCCAAACAAUCCUGGAGGAAGCUAAAAAGGGCUAAGGAGGCUGAGCUGCUGAAAAGAACUCAUUCAUUGCCAGAUGAGGAAUGUAGCAACACAGUUUCUGGCCGGGGCUGUGGAGACUUAACGUCCUCUCCACCGCUGGACAGGCUCAGCAGUCCAGGGUCACCAUCCUCCCGCAGAGCCCUUCGCCACACUGAUCCCAUCACCAAGCGUGGAGUUCCACAAGGGAGUGGAAAGGAAAACCCCCAUGGGUGUAAAUCCGAGGGCCAGAGAAGAAAAUGUUCACCAAACGGUGUACCUACCACACUGUGUGUGUCUGGCCUACCUCCAUUUUUAGACUCUGCAGUCCCACAGCCCAAUCGCACCAGUCCUGUUUCACCUUUAAGUUCCUGCUCAGUAGCCACCCUUACUCAUCAGCUUUCGCCGUCCUGCACCAGGUCUCACCCAGUGGCCAGCGAGGGUUUGACUAAGAGCCCCCUACGGCCAAUGAGCCCUAAACCUAACAGUCCUAGGCCAGCGGCCCAGCGUAAAAUCUUUUGCUACCCUCACUCAGCAAGGACCGGUACUGUCUGCCCUAUCCUUCUGGGCCAGUCGGCCAGCGUGGAGGGAUUAACGGACCCCCCCGAGAGACCUAAGACCCUGAAACCCUCAGCUAGCCCUCUGGGUCUCAGCCUCAGCCCUCUGGAUGCAGCCGAAGGCAGAAUAGACAGCCAGUCACACAUCAGCCUGUAUGCCAUUGGCUCUAUCAACGAAUUAGAGGGUACACAGACAGAGGGCCGACCCGCCAGCCAGUCCAGAACAAGAAGGCUGUUGGGGGUGAAGUGCGAGGGGAAGGCCGCUGUGGUUCUCACUGGGCUGAGGACUGGCUGCUGGGUGGACGCGGGCUGCGAUGGAUGUGGCCAGCAGCGAAGGCCAAAGUUUUCAGAUGACCUCUGGAUUGAAGAGCAAAAGAAAAACAAACGCAAACUGGCCCGAGCCAUCAGGGGGAGCCUGGGCCAACUCAACACACCGUUAUCUGAAGACAUGGAUAAAACUGACGCGGGAGUCACUUUGGGGCCCAUUGAAGCCUUCCGGGGGAUGCCCCUCAAAUCCCACUGCUUUUCUCAGAGCACCCCCAUCGGUCUUGACUGCCUGGGCUGGAGAAGACACAUCUACUGCUCGGUGGUUGUUCCUGACGAGGCGUCAGAGAAGGCGGGGCUUGGAGACGAGCUGGGCAGCGAAGAGGAUCUGCUGUAUGAAGAGUUUCGCAGUUCUGGACAUCGUUUUGGACACCCGGGAGGAGGCGGAGGAGAGCAGCUAGCCAUCAAUGAGCUGAUCAGUGAUGGCAGCGUGGUGUACGCCGAGGCCCUCUGGGACCAUGUCACCAUGGAUGACCAGGAGCUGGGCUUCAAGGCCGGUGAUGUCAUCGAGGUAGUGGACGCCACCAACAAGGAGUGGUGGUGGGGUCGCAUCAUGGACAGCGAGGGCUGGUUCCCCGCCAGCUUCGUACGGUUGCGUGUGAACCAGGAUGAGCCCAUGGAGGAGUAUCUGGCCCACCUGGAGGGGGCUCAGGCUGGAGAGGAGAGCCGGGCAGGUCUGGGCUUGUUGCUGGGACCUGGUUUGCCCUGCAAAGAACAGAUGAGGACCAAUGUCAUCAAUGAGAUCAUGAGCACAGAGAGAGACUACAUCAAGCACCUAAAAGACAUCUGUGAGGGUUACAUCAAACAGUGCCGCAAGCGGACAGACAUGUUUGCGGAAGAGCAGCUUCGCACCAUCUUCGGAAAUAUUGAAGAUAUCUACCGAUUCCAGAGGAAGUUCCUGAAAGACCUGGAGAAGAAAUUCAACAAGGAGCAGCCGCACCUCAGCGAGAUCGGUUGCUGCUUCCUCGAACACCAAACAGAUUUCCAGAUCUACUCCGAGUAUUGCAACAACCACCCCAACGCCUGCGUCCAGCUCUCUAAGCUCAUGAAGGUCAACAAAUAUGUGUUCUUCUUCGAGGCCUGCCGACUCCUGCAGAAGAUGAUCGACAUUUCCUUGGAUGGCUUCCUGCUCACUCCCGUGCAGAAGAUCUGCAAGUACCCGCUGCAGCUAGCUGAGCUGCUCAAAUACACCAACCCACAGCACAGGGACUACAAAGAUGUGGAGGCGGCCUUAAACGCCAUGAAGAACGUAGCCAGGCUGAUCAACGAGAGGAAACGACGCCUUGAGAACAUCGACAAGAUCGCCCAGUGGCAGAGCUCCAUAGAGGACUGGGAGGGAGAAGACGUCCUCAGCAGGAGCUCUGAUCUCAUCUUUUCGGGGGAGUUGAGCAAGCUGUCCCAGCCUCAGGCCAAGAGUCAGCAGAGAAUGUUUUUCCUCUUUGAUCAUCAGAUGGUGUACUGCAAAAAGGACCUCCUGCGGCGGGACAUGCUGUACUACAAGGGUCGGAUGGACAUGGACCACAUGGAGGUGAUAGACGUGGAGGACGGUAAGGAGAAGGACUUCAACAUCAGCGUGAAGAACGCCCUGAAGCUGCGCUCGCUGGCCGGGGACCAAGUCCACCUGCUGUGUGCCAAGAAGCCGGAGCAGAAACAGCGCUGGCUCGGAGCCUUCGCUGACGAGAGGAUUCAGGUCCAGCAUGACCGCGACACAGGGUUCUCUCUCACAGAGGUCCAGAAGAAACAGGCCAUGUUUAACGCCUGCAAAAGCCAUCCAGCUGGGAAACCAAAAGCAGUGACCAGACCUUACUACGACUUCCUCCUGCGACAGAAACACCCGUCCCUCCCCACCGCCUUGCCCCAGCAGCAGGUGUUCAUGCUGGCUGAGCCCAAGCGCAAAACCUCCACCUUCUGGCACAACAUCGGCCGACUGACACCUUUCAAGAAGUGAAGGAGAGAAAAUCCUGAAGUGAAAGAAAAAGCCGUGGAGCGAAGGAACAGAGGGGAGGGGGGGGGACAGAGAAAGAGAAGCGCUCUCUGCUCGUGCCUGAAUAGACCCUUUUUAAUUAAUCUCUUUUUCUUUUCCUACAUGUAACAUUGCCCUUAUUGAAACACUGAUUUAUUGCAUAGAUGAGGAUGAUUAUGAUGAGGACGAGAUAAUUUUUUCGAAAGCACUUUAUAGGUUGGUUAACAAUCAGACCUGAGAACGGUCUCCCCCGGAGACACUGAGUCAAACAGGGCGAGUGGACUCUUGCUUAACUUACUGCUACUGCUACUACACCUCCAAUCAAGCGCCAACUGGUACUAAUACUACUGCUGUACUGCUGCGAGCGAGCGUGGGACUCCAGAUUGUGCCGCCUCUGUGAACGACAAAAAAAAAAAAUAAUAAGUUGUGUCACUUCUUUCCACUGUUGUGUUGUUUUAUGAUUUCACAGAUGCCAAGUGUUCACAGUGCCAGACAAUUUUGUUUUUUUUUACAUCUGUUUGAUCUGUGUCUGUUUAUGAAAAAGAAAAAAGAAAAAGGGGAACAUUGAAAGGGGGGUGGGGGGUUCCUGUGCUUUUUCUCUGUGCAAAUAUAUAAUUUCAGGAUUUUAUUUGAGCUGGGGUUUUCUUAAGUGUUUUGUGAUCUCCAUCCGCCAGGAUUUAGUUCCGUAUUGUGGAAACACUUAAAUAAUUCAUCAAAUGCAAGAAGAAGAAGAAGAAGAAGAAGAUUCUACUCAGCGCAGAUUAGGAGCUUUUUAUUCAAGCAAAACAGCAGCAACAAACAUUCCUCGAGUCCGAUCCUCGACUCUUCCUUUUACCUACCAUGUCAAUGAGAGUAAACACCCUGUUCUUUUUUCUCUCUCUCUCUCUCUCUCUCUCUCUCUCUCUCUCUCUCUCUCUCUCUCUCUCUCUCUCUCUCUCUCUCUCUCUCUCUCUCUCUCUCUUUCUUUUUUUUAAAGUGCCAUUUGAAGUGUGUCGCGGAUGACUUACAAUGACAUGCAUGGAUGUGAUGAAAAAAUGCUGUGAAGAAUAUUUUUUUAUCUCUGAAGAACCCUGCUAUAUUUAACCAGACUUCAGGAACUGAGGUUUUCAUCGUGCUACUAGGCUGACAGCAACGUACACACACACACACACACACACACACACACACACACACACACACACACACACACACUUUUAUCUACCUUUACUGUACUUCUGAUAGCCAGUGUUCCUGCUCUGUGUAUCUGGUCUCCAGUAUAAUCUCCUUUCUGAUCGAUGCAGCCCAGUGAUAUCGCUCUGUAAGUGCAUUCAGUGAAAUGUGCUCCUUUCACCUUUGUGUUGAAAUGUUUUAGCUUCUGACGAUAUGGAAUAUUAAACAUUCCUAAGCUGACAAAUGUGACCGUC